ACACUCAUCCAUUUUAUCUUAGCUCAUAUUCAUCUCUGUUCUAUUUCUCUUUGAAUUAUAACCAAGUUCUGACGCCAAAAAUGGCUGAUGCACUCAUCUCUGUGCUUCUGGAGCAAUUGGCUUCAGUAGUAUAUAAACACACUAAUCAAUCGGUGAAACUGGUUUUGAAUGCUGAGAAAGACGUUAAAAGUUUCAGCAGCAAGCUCAAAGCAAUCCAGGCUGUGCUUGAGGAUGCAGAGAAGAAACAAGUGACAGACGCUAGGGUGGAAGACUGGUUGGAGAAGCUGAAAGAUGUGACGUACGAGAUGGACGACGUGCUAGAUGAGUGGAACACUGAAAUUCUCAGACGGCAAGUGGAGGAGAAACAAGAGAAGGAAGGAGAAAAUGCUCUUGUUACAAAGAAGAAGGUAUAUGUUUCCCCAUGUCCUCUGUUUGCUUUUGUUUUGGCCAAGCCAAUAAGGUCAUUCAUCGUCAUAACAUAGCUAGAAGGAUAGGGGAACUGAAUGAGAAGUUAACUUUGGUUGAUGCUGAAAGAGAAAUGUAUGGCUUUCAUCAGUCCACAAAAGGUGGCCCUGAUGAUCAGCAGCUUAUUCAACGACAGAAGACUUCAUCUUUGGUCGAUAUAUCUACGAUAUUUGGCCGAGAAGAAGAAAAAGAUAUGUUGUUGAGCAAGUUGUUGAGAGAGAGUAGCCGAGAAGGGGGGCGGUUCCUUCUCAUUCCUAUUGUAGGGAUGGGAGGGAUGGGGAAAACAACUUUUGCCCAAUUAGCCUAUAAUGAUGAAAAGGUUAUAGCCCAUUUUGAUAAGAAAGUAUGGGUUUGUGUCUCGAGCCCUUUUGACGAGAUUAAGAUUGCCAAAGCGAUCAUUGAGAGUCUAGAUAAAAAUGAAACCCAAAAGAGUUCAAAUGAGUUGGAAACUCUAUUACUCUGUAUAAGGUCACACGUUAAGGAUAAGAAGUUCCUUCUUGUCCUAGAUGAUGUGUGGACGGAAGACUCAAAAGAGUGGGAUAAUUUGAAACUACCAGUAAUGGACUGGUUGCCAGUUUGGUGCACUGGUUGCCAGUUUAAAAAAUUUUGUAGCACUGGUUGCCAGUUUAAAAAAUGA